GAUUUAGUGUAUUCUGUAAAGCGCAUGUGCGGCCUUAUUUCCUGAAACUGCACAACCCAUCACCACAACACUUGAAGCUAAGACACGACAUAGAACGGCCGUACAUAGCUGAGAUCCGAUUUGGAGGUAUAAGACCAACUUCUACACCUUAACAAAUAAUCCAAAUGGCUAGCAUCACAGAUGAGGAGAGUAUGGACACAGCGGGAUCGCCGAGAUCAACACUAGGGUCACCCUCAUCAGAUGACAAUAGCAUUAGGACACCAGAGCAAACUAGUUCCUGGGAAAGAAUUCACCUGAUAGAGUUGAAAAUGCAACUGACCUCGUUCUGUGAUGUUUCAAAGUCUCCAUCAGACAUUAUAAAUAUGCUUGGUAAAUACCCAGACAUCAUAAAAGCGCUUGAGAAAGGACAGACAUCAAGUAAGACACGAAUAACUUCCGCCGGAGAAGCACCAGCAAAUGAGGCUGCCAUGGAAGCACGAGUCAAGGACCUUGAAGGAAAACUUCGUGAUACUUUGGCUGUGCUGAAUGAAGAGUUUAAAACUAUGACAAUAAAAAAGGCAGUACAAUUAUCAAAACAGACCGACCUAUGGAAGGUCAAAGGCUGUGGGGAAGACACAUUUAUUGACCGAUUUCAGGAAUCGGGACUUUCAUUCGCAAUGUGGCUGCGACACUGCAUCUACCAACGGGACGUUUGCGAAGUCAAAGUUUCUGAAUUCAUGUUCCAACAUUUGUUUGUGCUUUUCCUGCAAAUGUUUGGAGUUAAGUGCACAUUCGUCCCAGGCAUACCAAAGAAAACUAUGACGGUUAGAGAUCAAAGCGUCUCGGGAAUUCCAGACAUACUGGCCAGUGUGUACCUGAAUGAAAAGAAGACUUUGGAUUCUAAGACAUUAUUUGUUGGCGAGGUGAAAAGGAAUUACGAUGGGAGAUCUUAUGAACCACAAUCGAAGCGUCUGAGAUCUGCAGUCAAAGAGCGACCAGAUCCCAUGCCUGAUACAUUGUUAGGACAGCACGGAGCCGAGCUGUUGUUGUACUACCCAACAUCUUUGUCUGACAAAGCCAUCAUCGGCAUGAUUGUUGAGGAAACACAUGUUUCUUUCACAUCUCUGACUUGUACCGGGGAUCAAUACAAGUCACUUUUAAACGGAUCUUUGAAAAAAGAUACAAAGAGUGGACCGGAGCUGGUGUUCACUAGACCCUAUGACUACAUGGUACAGAAGGACAGAGAUGAUCUCAUAGAACCUCUUCUGAGAUUGGGAUUGAUCCAGGAAGUAGGGGAGAGAUAUUUAAAUGAAAAUUUACUCCAAUGAUGCGUGUGUUUGGUGCGCAAAGAGGUCAAAUUGGCAUACAUCGCCUAUUUUAACAACACUCUUUAACGACUCUGAUACACUGGAUAAGUGUUUUAUAGAUAAAGAGACUUACAAGUGCACAAGUUAGGUCGCUAGAGCACAGACAAAGGUUUAUAUCAUUAUCAACGUGACAUUGUAAUUGACCUUGACAUCCUGAAGCACGAACUCGUUCGAUAUAUUCGACAAAUUUAUGACGAUUAUUUGAAAUAUUGAUGACUGGUUGAGACUGUCAUUUCUGUCGGUUCCCAAUAAAGAUAGAGCAUAUUAAAUUUAAUAAAGUACUGAUGUUAUUGAGACAGUUUUCCAGACUUGCUAACGAUGUGUCCCAGCUGACUUUUCUGAUAACCGUUUACAUUUGUUGUCGUCGGGUAAACACUGAUGCUGAUGGCUAUGAUGAUGACGACAAAUCUCCCUGAUUGGAUAAUAAUAAAGACAUUAUUUCUGUCGUAGUUCCCCGAUUAGGAUAGGACAAGUAUGUGUUUUUUAUUUUAGACUGGCCCGAAAUCCAAGAUGGCUGUCAUAGCCGCCAUAUUGAAAACCAUAUUUUAAGCUUCUAUAUUCCCAGUGGUGACAUUGAUUUGAAAAUUGUUCUUGAAUUAACAACAUCUAAAAUCAGAUCUUAUAUUUUUGGCAGACACUACGGCCUUCUCGUAACAUGAUUUGUCGUACUUAAACAUAUAUAUAUGACAUAUAAACAAUCGUUCACGUGGUAUAUGUAUAUAUGUAGUUAUCGUACUUUAACAUAUUUAUAAUAAUAAUAUAUGAUAGCUUGAAUAAUAGCUUAUUUAAUAAAUGUAUUUUCAUGAAAAUUAUAGCACUUUAAUACUAGUUUUCUAGCUUUAUGCUUGAGCAAGUCAAAUGUGCUGAUAUAGCUCUCGAUAAGUUAUAUAUAUAUAUUUAUUUUGAUAAAUAGAAUUAUUCCGUGUUUUUUAAUCGUAGCCCAUUUGCUGGAUAGCGUUUGACAUGACUUUUUAACUUAUUGCAUUUUUGUAGUUUAAAUGUAUUGGUCUUGAUUGAUUGGAAGUCAAUAAAAUAUCGUUGUAUGGAG